GCGCGCGCGCCAGCCACGCUCGUCCCGGCGCCAUGAGUGAGGAGGGCGGCCAGGCGGCCGCGCCGGCCACCUACAAGUCGACGUUCUCGACGUUCCGCGGCGAGGAGGGCGGCGAGCGUCGGUCACGGCGCGUCGAGCUGGCUGAGGGCGGCCGCCGGCUGCCGGGCUUGCCGCGCUACGGCGGCUCCAGCUUCUCGGCCGCCGACCGGCCGACGGCGGCCGCAGGGCCCACCUACCGACUGGCCAGCCUGGACCGGCUCGCGCACCGGCACAAGCUGUACGCGUCCGAGUCCGCCGAUCUGAACGGCGUCGGCGACGUGUCCGACGUGAUGGAGCCGUCCCCCGCCGGCCUGCAGAACAGGCGCGAGAUGUUCUUCCGGGGCGAGACGCCACCGAGCGGCGCGCCGCCGCCCGUGCCGAAGGAGGCGGCGAGUAAGGCGCCGGCGCCGGCCGCGCCGUCCGCCGCCGGCCGCCAGACACGGGACCGCGACAACAAGGAGAACCGGCCCGAGGUUUCGCCUAAGCCAGAGCCGGCGAAGGAGCCGCCGGCGCCGGAGCCGAAGCCGAAGCCAGAGGUGGAGACGGCACGCCGCGCAGAUGAGGAGAACAGGGAGCGUCAGCAGCGCGGCCCGCAGCGGCGCGCCCGUCAGCUGGACGGCUACGUCGGCUUCGCCAACCUGCCCAACCAGGUGUACCGGCGCGCCGUCAAGAAGGGCUUCCACUUCACGCUAAUGGUGGUCGGCGAGUCCGGCCUCGGCAAGUCCACGCUAGUCAACUCGAUGUUUAUGUCAGACAUCUACAACAACGAGUACCCAGGUCCAUCGCACCGCAUCCAGAAGACGGUGGCCGUGGAUAAAACCGUGGUGCACGUGAAGGAGAACGGGGUGAACCUGAGCUUGACGGUGGUCGACACACCUGGCUUUGGAGACGCGGUGGACAACAGUAAUUGCUGGCAGCCGGUGAUCGAGUUCAUCGAGUCGCGGUACGAGGAGUACCUGAACGCCGAGAGCCGCGUGCGCCGCUCCGAGGUGGUGGACUCGCGCGUGCACUGCUGCAUCUACUGCAUCGGCCCAUCCGGUCACGGCCUGAAGCCGCUCGAUGUCGAGUUCAUGAAGCGGCUGCAUGACAAGGUCAACAUCGUGCCAGUCAUCGCCAAGGCCGACACUAUGACGCCCGAGGAGAUCACCCGCUUCAAGCGCCAGAUCCUCAACGAGAUCGCCCAGCACAAGAUUCGCAUAUACGAGUUUCCGGAGUGUGACGACGAGGAGGAGGCGCGCGCGCAGAAGGCGCUGCGCGAGCGGGUACCGUUCGCCGUAGUCGGCGCCAACACUAUUGUCGAGGUGGACGGCAAGAAGGUGCGUGGCCGCCGGUACCCGUGGGGCGUGGUCCAGAUCGAGAGCAUGGACCACUCCGACUUCAUCCCGCUGAGGAACAUGCUGAUCCGCACGCACAUGAUGGACCUGCGCGACGUCACUAGCUCGGUCCACUACGAGAACUACCGGUGUCGGAAGCUAGCCGGUGUCGGCACGGACGGACGACCCUCCAAGAUCGUCAACAAGAUCAUGAACACGUUCAUGACCAUCUGGAACCCGCUGGCGCAGAUGGAGGAGGAGAAACGGGAUCACGAGCUCAAGAUGAAGAAGAUGGAAAGCGAGAUGGAGCAGGUGUUCGAGAUGAAGGUCAAGGAAAAGCGGAGCAAGCUCAAGGAGUCGGAAGAUGACCUGCAGCGGCGGCAGCAGCAGAUGCUGGCGCCAUUGGAGGAGCAGCGCCGCCAGCUGGAGGAGCGGCGCGCCGCGUUCCUGCGCGAGCGCGAGGACUGGGAGCGGCUGAACGGCGUGACGGUGGCUGAGCUGCGCCGGCGUGAGCUCGAGUCACACAGCAAGGAAACCCUGACAAAGCACUCGAGCUUGCUGACGCUGACCCGCCAGUUUAAGGCCAGAUUCUAGCGCGCCGCCGGCGACUGACGAUGGACGGCAAAAAGAAACGGAAGGGCCUGUUCUAGUGGGUGCCGGUGCAGACCGGGCCCGUGACCGCGCCGCCGCCGGUGCCGCGCUGAACGGGAUGCCGCCGGGACGCAGUGAGACCGCUCGCGCCGGCGCGGACGGCGGCAGUGUGGGCGGCGGUGGCGCGGCCGCCGUCGGGCGACGUCGGCUGGCGCGGGCCCGAGGCGCCGCGGGAUGGUGCCGCCGGUGAGCUCAAACUGGUGGCCGGUCCGCAUAUCGCCCUGUACAAGCCGAUGGCGCGACGCCGGCCCCGCGUGACCGGGAGGCCGCAGACGCCUCGCGACGGACUGCGCACGCCGUGCCGUGCAAACUAGGCUAGUGUUCUGUGUCGGAUGUGGAGUGGGCGCCGCUCUCCUGGUCACAGCCUCCGGCCGUUCGUUGAAGCUAGGCCCCCCGCUAGCGGCCGGAGCUUGUCAUUCUGUUCGGACGGCGUCUACUUCGUGUAUUUGGUUUGGUGCCAUGAGGAAAGUCGAUCGCCGUAUUUUUUCAGAUUUGUAUCAUUAACGUUUUGUACAAAAUAAAUAUUCCUUGGAUUAUUUUUCA